UUUUCCACUUGACAGACUUCAGUAGUAGUGGUGAAUCGCAUUCAGUGGUGCAACUGCGCGGAAGAGGGAAUCGCGGUUAUUGCGACGGGGUUGACGCUGUGAUGUGUAUACGUGUGGUUUUUGGAUCACGAGCGACACCUACUCCAGGUUGAGUUCGAUUUGCUAAUGCCGUGUGGGGUGUUGCCAGUGUAGAGAUGUCGCGCUUGUUGCUCGCCGCGAGAAAUCGCCUGAAGUGGGCAUCAAGGAACUUCGCCUCUGCUGCUGGUCUUCAACAAGGUUUGCCAGAAACCGCAGAUGCUGUGAUAAUUGGCGGUGGAAGCAUAGGGUGCAACACCUUGUAUCACCUGACAAAACUGGGUAUGACAAAUGUUAUUCUGCUGGAGAAGCACUCCUUGACAGCUGGUACAACUUGGCACACUGCAGGGCUUUUGUGGAGAUUGAGGCCAAGUGAUACAGAAAUCCAGCUCUUGGCACAUGGGAGAAACCUGAUCAAAGGUCUGGAGCAGGAAACUGGAGUAGCCCCUGGUUGGAUUGAAAAUGGAGGCUUGUUCAUUGCCUCCUCCAAGCCCAGAUUGGAUGAAUACAAGCGCCUGAAAACCAUAGGCCAUGACUUUGGGGUUGUCAGUCAUGUCCUGACUCCUGAGGAGACCAAGAGACUGUAUCCCCUGAUGAAUGUGGAGGAUGUCUAUGGGACAUUGUAUUCCCCUGGGGAUGGGACUAUUGACCCUGCUGGCUACUGUCAGGCACUCACCAGGGCUGCCAAGGGCAAGGGUGCUCAGGUGUAUGAGAGUUGUUCAUUGACUGGGAUCCAAACCACAGAAUCUUGGGCAGGUGGAAGGAAAGUCUCAAGGGUUGACACCAACUUGGGUUCUGUCAAGACAGAAUGUGUCAUCAAUUGCUCAGGAGCUUGGGCUCCCAAAAUUGGAGAUCUUGCUGGUGUAGCAGUACCUUUGACAGCCAUGAAGCAUGCCUAUGUGCUCACAGAAAGGAUUGAGGGCAUCCAAAACAUGCCCAAUGUCAGAGACCAUGACUCUUCAGUGUACAUGAAGUUACAGGGUGAUGCCUUGGCACUGGGUGGUUAUGAAGAACACCCAGUGUUUCUUGAGCAGGUUUUGGGAGAUGAUUUUGCAUUCAGCCUCUAUGAACUGGACUGGGAUGUAUUUGGGUGUCACAUCAAGGGUGCCAUCAACAGGGUGCCAGUGGUUGAAGCCACUGGGAUCAAGUCCACAGUUUGUGGCCCUGAGUCUUUCACACCUGAUCACAAGCCCAUCAUGGGUGAAGAUCCUGGACUGCAAGGUUUUUACCAUGGUUGUGCCAUGAACUCUGCUGGAAUGAUGCUUGGUGGUGGCUGUGGAUGGCAAUUGGCUGAGUGGGUGAUCCAGGGUAGACCAUCCCUUGAUAUGUUUGGCUAUGACAUCAGGCGCUUUCAUCCAAAUCUGAUCAGGAACAGAAAGUGGGUGACAGAAAGAAGUCAUGAGGCUUAUGCCAAAAACUACUCCAUAGUGUUCCCUCAUGAUGAACCCCUUGCAGGCAGGAAUGCCAACAAGGGACCUUUGUAUGAAACCUUAUUGUCUCAAGGUUGUGUCUACCAAGACAGACAAGGGUUUGAGCGCCCUGGUUGGUUCUUACCAGGAACAAUGGCUCCUCCAUUGGACUAUGACUAUUAUGGGAGUUACCAAAUUCCCAAACAUGCCAAUUAUGUGUACAAGGACCUGCUGGGGUCUGAUUACACCUUUGAUUUCCCUCCUCAUCACAAGCAGAUUGCAGAGCAAUGCAAAGCAUGCAGGACUUCAGCAGCAGUGUUUGACAUGUCCUACUUUGGCAAGUUCUACUUGUCUGGCCCUGAUGCUCAGAAAUGUGCAGACUAUGUGUUCACCAACAAUGUUCAGAGGCAGCCUGGAACAAGCAUCUAUUCUUGCAUGCUGAAUCCCAGAGGAGGCAUUGAGUCUGACUUGACUGUCUCAGUCUUGGACAAUAGUCAACUGUUGCCCUGUGAGCCCAAAUUUCAGGGCCCUGGUUUUUAUGUGGCUGCUGGAGGUGGCUCUUGGAACCAGGCCCUCAGUCACAUCAUGUCAGUGGUCAGACAGCAGAAAUUUGAUGUUCAAGUUCACAAUGCCACCAAUGACAUGGCUCUGAUUUCUCUUCAAGGGCCAAAAAGCCGAGACAUUCUGCAAAAGCUGGUGGAUGUUGACCUGUCCAAUGACAACUUCCCAUUCUCCACAAACAAGAUAGCCACUGUGGCUGGCAGGUUGGUAAGGCUGUUGAGGCUGACAUUUGCAGGAGAACUUGGCUGGGAGCUGCAUGUGCCAAAUGAGUCUGCAGUGCAAGUCUACCAUGCUGUCAUGGCAGCUGGCAAACCAUUUGGCAUUGCCAAUGCUGGUUACAGAGCCCUUGAUUGUCUCAGCAUUGAAAAAGUGAUCUUAUUUGCUGGGAUGUACAUCAGGAGUCUUGACAACACCCCCAUUUCCACACAUGACAUCAAAGAAGGCAGCUAUGAACUUGAAAUCAUGUGUGACAAGGUCAAGGCCCAGGUCCACACCAAGUCCCCCUUUGACCCAACCAAUCAGCGCAUCCAG